CGAUCAUUCAAGCAUCCAUUUACUGGUAAAGGUCUCUUGCCAUACACUUCAUCCCCACAAGCUAAAUGGCAAAAACAGUCACAUUGGGGAGGAUGUGGAUGAGCUACAUGUGAGUUACGUGCAGUAAGGCGUCUGUCACUUGGGCUUGUGGACAUCAUGGGUGUUGCAACUCUGCUCUGCCUCCAGCUGGCAGCUGUUAUGCUGUUGCUGGGUUUCUCUCGUGCCCAGGGUGGGUAUGUGGGCAUUGUGAAUGGCACAGUAGCAAAAAAAGACUCCAGGCCCUACAUGGUCUCUGUGCAGAGAAAUAAGAAACAUAGCUGUGGUGGCUUUCUGGUGUCUGAGUCAUUUGUCAUGACUGCAGCUCAUUGUAUCACUUGGGGAGUGAAUUUGACUGUUGUGGUAGGAGAACACAAAAUUACAAACCAGAAAAGUGAUACAAGGAUACCAGUGAAAUACUACCAUAUCAAUCCUGGAUUUAGCCCUGAGACAUUUCAGAAUGACAUUGCAAUUCUACAGCUGGCAGGAAGAGCAAAACGGUCCAAAUCUGUACAAUGGAUUUCUAUUCCUGAGAAAGACAAAGACAUCAAAGGGGCAGAGGUUUGUAGUGUGGCCGGAUGGGGGGCAACGAAAACUAGUGGCGGUGAAAACAACCUCCUUCUCCAGGCAGAUGUGGUUAUCAUGAAAAGAGAAGAGUGCAGGAAAUUAUGGAAAAGAUACUUCAGUGAAAAAAUGCUUUGUGCGAAUGGUAAAGCAGGCGUUUGCCAGGGUGACUCGGGUGGCCCUCUGGUUUGCAAGAACAAGGCUGUGGGAGUAGUGUCGUUCAACGAGCAAGAUAACUGUGAUAAGCCAAAAAAGCCAAAUGUUUACACAAAAAUAUCAGCAUAUCUGCCCUGGAUAAAGAGUAUUUUAAAGAGUGUCAAACACUGACGAGAUUAAAUAAAUGCUUACAUGCUAUCCAUUACUUUUUUCAUUUUAUUUCUUAUCUAACUAAAUGAUUGUUUUGUAAGGUGUUUUACAUGAGCUCGCCUUAUGGCUAAAACCAAAGCCGUGGUGUACUGGUUAGCGCUUAUAACCGGAAGGUUGCCGGUUCGAUCCCCGACCAGUCCACCACGGCUGAAGUGCCCUUGAGCAAGGCACCUAACCCCUCACUGCUCCCCGAGCGCCGCUGGUUGGGCAGGCAGCUCACUGCUCUGGGUUGUGUGAUUCACCUCACUGUGUGUUCACUGUGUGCUGUGUGUUCACUAA